GCUAUUUCCCUGUUUUAUGAGCUCUCUGAGAACGACCUGGCCUUCAUCAAGCAGAGCAAGGAUGGCUCUGGCUUCUUGAUCAACCUGAUCGACUCCCCCGGGCACGUGGACUUCUCCUCGGAGGUCACCGCGGCUCUGCGCGUCACCGACGGCGCCCUGGUCGUGGUGGACUGUGUCUCUGGCGUGUGUGUGCAGACAGAGACCGUGCUGCGUCAGGCCAUCGCCGAGAGGAUCAAGCCCGUGCUGAUGAUGAACAAGAUGGACCGGGCACUGCUGGAGCUGCAGCUGGAGCCAGAGGAGCUCUACCAGACCUUCCAGCGCAUCGUGGAGAACGUCAACGUCAUCAUCUCCACCUACGGAGAGGGAGAGAGCGGCCCCAUGGGAAACAUCAUGGUGAGUGGGUUUGGAAUGAUCCACCUUGGGGAGAGGGAGCAGUUGCCUCCUCAGGAAUUGUUUCUGGAGUGGAGGAGUGAGAGUGGGAUAUCAAAGGUGCCUCAGCUCCCCGGGUUUGUGGUGGCUUGGGGCUCUU